CUGCUAGAGUGUUGUGGAACUGGUGGAGCAUGGCUCAGAACCAAAGGCUGUCAGCUCUCACUGAUGAGCUCAUCCACUCCAUCAUCAAAUUCGACCCUCGAGCCCACCGCCAGGCGUACAAACGCGCCAAGGACAUUGCGACCAAGGGAUUACGCGCACACCAAUACAACCGCACAAACCAAUUCGACGUGCAGUCGUCAUUCAACGGCUUGGAUGAGAAGUUUCGUGUCUUGAACCGUGAUGACUUGGCCGAUGCGCUCGGGGAACGCGUCAAGGAGAUCAACGAGCGACAUAGCAGAUGGAUCCCAGAGUAUCUGCAUCUGUUGCUAGAGCUGUCCGAUCAGCCGACCGAGAAUUCAGAGGUGGAGGCUUUGGAGCUCCUGAAACCUCCUGCCCCGCCUCCGCCUCUAACAUGGAAGCAAAUCUUGCAAGACGAUCCUUAUAGUGACGAUGAAAUCUGGAAGGAUGUCGAUUUUCAUCAGGAUUCGUCCGAGGACGAGUUUGGACAUACGCCCAGAAAAUGGGCCAACAAGGAUACACCGCAAACGAGCGUGCACGAGGAUGACGCUUAUGAUCCGGAGGCCUGUGUUGUACCGGUAGAGGGGAACAUUAUCAAAGAGCUGGAAAAUACGCAAUUCUGGAGAGAAGGCAAGGGUGACAAGGAUGCUCGCAUAAUUAUGACUGAGCAAAAUGCUAUCCGAGAGACCCUCUUUAUGCUCGCAGGGCUUCAGACUUCCCUUUAUCACCUCGACAAACGGAAUGCUAGUCUUCGAGUUAAUCAAAAGUAUGUCCUUACUCAUGCAAUGCCAAAGACGGCCGAGCAUCUACUCGCGCAGUUCGCCGAAAUGGGACGCGAGUUGUACCGUCUUAGAAAAUGGACCCUGAAGUCAUCGUCUCUGCCACUCAUUCAGACAUUCGAAUCAGUGGUAAGGAAUCGGCUUGCGGCCUAUGACCGGUCGUUGGCUGCAUUGCAUCAGCAGUAUUUGGUGCCUGAAGCGCCAGUAGCAGUUAGCUUGCUCGCAGUUCACAGCCAACUUCAAACGUCGAGCACAUCUAUUCUUCGACUUGCCCGGAUAGUCGAUGACAUUGAGCCACAGCUGUUAGUCAACCCUUUCGUUCAUCUUGAGGCACUUUUCGACCAAAUCACUCUGGCUCAGAUGAUGCUCGAAGGGGAACUCUUCGUGUUCUUAUCCCAUGUUUUCUUUGAAUCUUUACAGACUUAUCUCAAGCCCAUCAGCCGGUGGAUGGAGUCGGGAGAACUUGGGCUGAACGACGAGACGUUCUUUGUGUUCGAGAAUGAUUCGGGCAGCGAAGCUUCCUCGCUCUGGCACGAUCGCUACGUAGUACGUCGCGGGCAGCAGAACAAACUACGAUCUCCUAGUUUCCUCCAGCCUGCUGCGCAGAAGAUCUUCAAUACCGGGAAGAGUGUUGUAUUUCUCAAAGAGCUACAUUUGUACCAUGAAAAGCCAAGCAGCCUGGAUAUUUAUGAGCUUCGCCUGGACUAUGAAAGUAUAUGUGGACAGACUCCCGACGUUCCAUUGUCGCCUUUCCCGGAACUAUUCCAGGAUGCUUUCCAAGCCUGGAUUGGCAGUAAACACCUACUUGCAUCGUCCACGCUGCGUGAAUAUCUCUACACAUCGGGCGGGCUCAUGCAGAUCCUGAGCGAGUUCAAGACUUUGUAUCUUGGGGCUAAUGGCUCUGUAUUCCAGGAUUUUGCCGAUGCCGUUUUCGAGCGUUUAGACAAUAGUGUACGAGGGUGGAACGACCGCUUCCUGCUAACAGAACUGGCGCGGGGCAUAUUCAGUACAGUUCUUCCGAAGCAUCAUGCCGACAAAAUCGUAGUGCGGUCUGCAAGAUCUAAAACAACGGAUAGAUCCGUGAAAAGGCUGGCUGAUGUUGGGCUUGACUACGCUUUACCGUGGCCCAUUCAAAACAUUAUCCAGCGAUCAUCUAUACCCAUCUAUCAACAAGUUUUUACGUUUCUCUUGCAGGCUUAUCGCAUGAAAUAUCUUGUCCAAAAACUCUCCCCUCGAAUGAUUGUUCAAAUCAACGCACCAGUCCUUCGCCAGAGAGCUUAUAAGCUGCGUCAACGCCUCAUUUGGUUUGCAGAUGUUUUGCGCUCUUAUCUCACUGAAACCGUUAUUCGUUUGUCAACUGAAGACAUGCAGGCAGCGAUGAUCAAAGCUGAUGAUAUAGACGGCAUGGCAAAUAUUCAUAUGAAAUAUGUUGCAAGACUUCAGGAGCAAGCAUUGCUAUCUGAUAAUUUGAAGCCAAUUCAUAAGGCUAUUCUAUCUAUUCUCGACCUCGGCGUAAAUCUCUCCGAACACUGUUUCCCUUCUGAGUCGCAGUCACGCGCCUCUAAGCCCGUUGCAGUUUCCGCUUCAGGCUCCGAUCUCGUCCCUUCCAAGCCUACCAGGUCGAGACCCAAACCAUCUCGUCGAAAAUCCUUCAUUCCUGCCCUUGCAGAAAACCUAAACGAUUCGUCGGACUCUGGAGGCAGCGACGCCGACACUGAUCGGGACAAUGCUAACGAGGCCACUGGGAUAGCAACAUCCCCCAGUAUCCAAGACAACCUUCAGAUGGCAGGGAAAGAACUCGACCGCCUACUGCCUUUCGUCACAGCUGGGCUUAGAAAUGUAGGAAGAGUGGGCGCGGAGCCGUGCUGGGAGCUUCUGGCUGAACGGUUGGGGUGGGGAGAGUGCAAGCCGCAUGUGUUAGCCAGCUAG